AAGAACCCUGCUCCAGAGAUCCAUGCGUCAACUAGCAAUCUAACCAUCGCAGAUAUCAUCUCAGAAAGUGACAUUUGUAUCUCGGAAAAUCACGAUUCGACAGAUUCGUGUUCCGCGUCAGAAAUUACAGAUUCUACCACAUUUCCUGUUAUUUCACAUUCUCCUACCUUUCCUGAAACUACAGAUUCUCUUUCCUGUCCCGAAGUUACAGAUUCUCCUACCUUUCGUAAAGAUUCUUUUAAUUCUGAAAAUGCAGAUCUACAAUCCGAAAUCAGUCAGAAAUCAUAUUGGAAUGAUUGGAUCGAAUCUGUUGCAACCUUGUCUUGCAUUUCCAACUAUGUUAAUGAGUGUCAAACACUGGUAAAUGAUGCAAGGAAGGCAGACAUUCCCAAUAUAGAACAGUGGAUCGAAGAAGCUAAGAAUACUGUAACACUGAUACAAGAAAACUGUGGAAGAUUUGUUAAAAAAUCCGACGUUGACACCAUUCUUCAAGAUAUCCAACGGAUGAAGGUCAAAGUUAACGACUCUAAUCCUGGUCAAGUUUCUGUGGAACAUGAUCCAGCUCUACGUAAUGAGGUCCGCGACGACAAUCAACAAGAGUACUUGGUUGAACUUGGACCUUUUCAGCCGAGGUUACCUUGUUUCCCAACCAACCCAGAUAUACCUCAGGAGAAGCAGAAUCGUUUUUCACCACGAUGGUAUGACGAGUAUCCACAUUUGGAAUACAGCGUGGAGAAAGAUGCUGUUUUCUGUUUCGUGUGCUCAUUAUUCGACGACACACCUUCAAAGGAGAAGGCAGACCCCAGCUGGAAAACUACAGGCAUUAGAAAAUGGCAUAAGGAGCAAACGAAACAAACUCAAACUCAUAAAGAGCAAACAGGGAAAACUGGUCCAGCACUUCUCCUCCCAAAGUCAUAAGGCUUCUCUCGGUGCAUACUGUCACUUCCUGCAGAGGACAAAGCAUAUCGACAUCCAACUGGAUAAGGAAAAAAGGGCAGUGCAAAUUCAAGAAGCUCAAGAUUUGGAAUAUAACCGUCAAAUCAUUCUUAUCCUCCUGGACAUCGCAAAGACCCUUGCUCGCCAAGCUCUUCCAUUCAGAGGCGACAGCAAUGAAGACGGUAAUUUUUAUCAAUUGGUCCUUUUGCUCAGCAGACAUGUACCAAACUUAAAACGGUGGCUAACUGACAAAAGGCUGAACCCGUACCACGUCACCUACUUAAGUCCUCAGUCGCAGAAUGAGUUCAUCAUGUUGCUUGAAAAGGAACUGCGAGGAAAAGUAAUAGAAGAAGUUAAAUGUUCGGGUAUGUUUUCCGUUAUGGCAGAUACUACUCCGGACGAAGAGCACACGGACAGACUCUCCGUUGUUCUAAGAUAUGUCAGCGCCACUGGAAAGCCAACUGAAAGAUUGCUGGAUCUUUUGAAGACGGAGGACAAGACCGGUCUUGGACAAGCACAAGACAUCCUGUCGACGAUAAAGCGGUGUGGUUUGAAUACAGAUAGCCUGUGUUUUCAGUCAUACGACUUCGCCGCCGCAAUGUCUGGUGAAUUCAAUGGUGCCCAGAAGAAUUUGUUCGAGCUUGUUGGACGCAAUAUUCCUUACAUACCAUGUCAAGCACACCGCUGCAACACCGUAAUUGAGCAUAUAGUUGUAACGCAAGCGCCAUUGUCCGGGAAAUGUUUGAGAUACUGCAGGUACUUUAUGUAUUCUUCACAUCUAGUACGAAACGGUUCCAGCCACUGAAAGAUGAAAUUACCAAGGUCGAGAACUGCCUGAUGCUCAGAAACCUGUCCAAAACCCGAUGGAGUGCAAGGGCGGAGAGUAUUCAAGCUGUCUGGACAUCAUUUGAAGUGAUUCUGGAUGUCUUAUACACGGUUACCAGCAAAGCAGAUGCAAAAACCAAAACGCAAGCACUUGGUUUAAGGAAAAAAAUGCUUUCGCUUGACUUUGUUGUCGCACUGAUGUUCAUGAAAAACAUUGCGUAUAAAACGAAAAGUCUGGUGGUGGAGCUGCAAUCAGUUGAGCUCAAUAUUUUGGAUGCAACAGGCCUUGUUGAUGGAACGCUAAGCAUCAUGCAAAAGUUACGAGAUGACGACAAAAUGAUGGACGAUCAAAUUGAAGCAUCCGUAAUCUUCGCCAAAAACAUCGAAAUUGACGCGGAAGCAGAUUUCAACCGUCAUCAUCGCCCAAGGAGAGCACCUGGACGCGUGGAUGAGCAAGCCGGAACAGCCACAAAGUUUUCACUUCGAGCCUACUACAGAAAUCUAUUUCGCGACGUCCUUGAUGUUCUAACAUCCCGAAUGAGAGAACACUUGGUGCAGUGUAAGAAGAGCAUUUUGCCUUUGUUAAAGUGUUUGAAGCCACCAAUCGAUGUAUCGUGCAUUCAUUCCGCUGUCUCAUUAUUUCCACCUGCACAAUCACCUGACCCAUUAGCUGUAGAAGCCGAAUUACAAGUAUUGGCAGAGUUAUUACCUUCCGACGUUGGCAAAGACUAUAACAAGGUGGUUGAAGUCAGCAAAGCCAACAAAAUGUCCCUUCCAUUGGCAAAUUCGACAGUCAGAUUGAUGCUUAUGGCUCCUGUGACUGUGGCUUCAAAUGAACGUUCAUUUAGUCAAUUGAAGUUUGUGAAGAACAAACUACGUACGUCAAUGAACGACUCAAGGCUGACUGGUCUUAUGCUUUUAACCUGCGAGAAAGACCUUACAGACACUCUUGACUUGGAAAAAGUUGCAAAAGAGUGGAGCCUGUUGAAGAAGAGAUGAGUUCGUAUACACUAAAACUUGCAAGUGGCGAACGUAUCUCGAUCGAGUAUCGAUAAAUAUACUAAUACGUUUGUAAUAUACUCUAAAUGUACUGAUCAAAUACUCUAACAAUUUAGUUUCAUUUGUAUAUCAACAUAUUUAUUUUUGAGGGAACAGUAUAUUAAUAAAUAAUUCCUGGUGUGUACAAUACGGAUAGUAUAUAUUUGUACAUUAAAUAAUGACUCAUCAAUGGUCGUGACAUGCACACAAUGUGGCAUAAAGUUAACAACAUUUUUGAAAAACUCGGCAAAUUCAACCAGCGUCACUCGGCAAUUUGACCUUCGACACCCCCCCCCCAAUCCAUAUCCCUUCGCGACGGCCCUGGACAUUGUUACGUGUAUCCAGGCAUGUGGUGUGUCUUUCAAUGUUUGGGAAAAAGGAAUGGUGAUGGAAAAGGAAGUGGUGUGUACGAUUUUACCAGCCUGAUGGGUUCAGACAAAAAAAAGCUAUUGAGGGAUCUUCCAGAUAAGUUAGAUGGGGUAAUCAAGCCAACCCAAAGUGAGUCAGUUAUCAAGAUCUGGAAGGUGCAGUAAUAUUCAAUUGCAUGUACAUGGUGCAAAAAUCUACGGACAUAACAAAAGUAAAACGUAAGUAAGUUUACACGAGCAAAUUUUAUUUGACAAAUUUCAUUUGAUAAAAUGCAUUUGAUCAAAAGCCUAGCAUGCUAGCUUUUGUUCAAAUGCAUUUGUCACAAUAAAUUUGUCACAAAUUUAUCAUUUACACGAGUAAAAUAUGUUUGACAUAUGAAAUUUGUCUAAUAAAAUUUGCUCGUGUAAACGGGGCUUAAGACUAGGGUUUACCUAAGGUGCAUGGGGAAAGUGCUACAUAUUGUGCCUAUACGUGGGAAGAAUGAUUUUGUCGUAUAAAUAAUGCUAUUAAUAAUUAACCAAUUUCUGACAAUAAUGAAACAAAUAGCUGUCUCAAGAUGCAAAUUGGUUAAUAAUUGCAAUUUGUAUUCCUAUUUAAUAAUCAAUAUCCAUUGUUUUAUGUAUUAGGCUAAAGCAUGGGUAGAGUUAUUUGUUUCGCUUGGUGGCGACGUUACUGGGUUUGGAAAGCAACAUGUUACACCUUACAUACACUGCUUGGUAUACCAUGUCCCAAACUUCAUGAAGAGACACAAUGGCAUGAAAAAAUUCACAGGACAAGGUAACAGUUUAAUGUGGCAUAAAUAAUAUAACAAUAAUUGUGCAUUCAUACACUGAUAUUGAUAAGCACUAACAACAAUUGUAAUAUCCUACAUCUGUUAGGGGUAGAAAAGAAUAAUGACGAUGUCAGAAAAUUUCAUCUGACAAAGUCGUUUAGUGGGAUGCUCCGACAGAUAUCCUGCUUGUCAUUAAGCGACUGCAAGUAACAGGUCAACAUGAGAGGGUGCCUAGAAUGUACAAUAAGUCAAAUACUGAGUACUGGUCCACAGACAUAACAGAAAUAAGAAGUAAAAGAAGAAAGCUGUCAGCUGCCUCCAAUGUUGAAAUACCAGAGAGCAAUUCAGACAGUGUCUUCAAUAUUGAAAAUCUUUCGGCUUUAGAAAUUAAAGAGAAACUGAAAGAAUUAGGAGUGCAAACACGAGUACGAAAGCUGGAAAAAUUGCAGGAUAUUUUGAAAGAAGCACUCCACAAAGACUAA